UCACCCCACUCUACUACACCUUCAUUCUCUCUCAGUCUCUCAUUCUCACAAAUCUCACUCUCACAGACACAAACCCAAAAGCAGAAAACAGAUCAAGAUCACAUAUUACCACUGACUGCAUGGACAAAAAAUGGAAACUAUCAAAAGAAGAUCCAUGCAACCAUUCAUCAAAAUCAUCCUCACUUUUUUCAAGAAGUGUUUCACAAAAAAACUCAUCCUCCACAAAAUCACCUCUUUUGAGAUCAUUCUCAACAAAGAGUAGUUCCCUUUUUUCAAGAAGCUCAUCACAAAAGAACAAAUCUCAUCAACAUCAUCCUUGUGAUUUAUCAAGAAGUUCUUCACAAAAAUGUGCCAACUUUACUAGAAAAUGUGGUAGUUUGGCUAAGGAACAAAAGGCAAGAUUCUAUAUUGUCAAACGUUGUGUUACAAUGUUGGUAUGUUGGAAAAAACAUGGAGAUUCUUGAUUAGUAUUAUCAUUAUUAUUA